AAUGUCACUGUUGUUGACAAUUACCGAGACAAAAUAAAAACUAAAAAAUACAGAUAAGAAAAAACGCCUUUUUUUCGUAAGUGCACACAGUAAUUAUAAAAAGCUUAAACUGUUACUUUAAUGACAAUGCCAAACAGCAUGGAUGACCAAGAAAAGCUGUUGGCAGAAGCCACAAGCACUGUUCGUAAGCAAGCCUUUCAAAUGAACCAUUUUUUGGAUAAAGACCGCAUGUUGGACGCUAUGAAAUGUGCAAGUGCAAUGUUAAGUGAACUGCGCACAUCGAUGCUUUCGCCAAAAAGCUAUUACGAAUUGUACAUGGUCAUAACGGAUGAACUGUGCCGUCUUGAAUUGUAUCUAAGCGAAAAGGUGAAAAUCGAGAAAGAAAGGGAAAAAGAAACAACGGAUCAUUAUGAGCUCGUCCAAUAUUCCCAUACGAUUGUUCCACGUUUAUAUUUGCUAAUAACAGUCGGCAUAGUAUAUAUUAAAAACGAUCCAUCUUUAAAAAGGAGCAUACUUAAGGACUUGGUGGAGAUGUGUCGUGGUGUUCAACAUCCUUUGAGAGGUCUUUUCCUACGUAACUAUCUCUUGCAAUGUACCAGAAACAUUUUGCCAGAUGUUCUGGAGUCGGAAAAUGAGCACGAAGGUAAUGUCUAUGAUGCUAUAGACUUUGUCCUGACGAAUUUUGCUGAAAUGAACAAGCUGUGGGUGCGCAUGCAACAUCAAGGACACUCGAGCGAAAAGACAAGAAGAGAGAAGGAGAGAGAAGAGUUAAAAAUACUGGUUGGGACAAAUUUAGUGCGCUUGUCACAGUUGGAAUCUGCUUCGUUGGAAAUAUACCAGCGAUUAAUAUUACCUGGGAUAUUGGAGCAGGUGGUCAGCUGCCGCGAUGCUAUUGCACAGGAAUACCUCAUGGAAUGUAUCAUUCAAGUGUUCCCAGAUGAGUUCCAUUUACAAACAUUAGACCCAUUUCUAAAGUCAUGCGCCCAAUUGCAAACAGGUGUCAAUGUAAAAAAUAUUAUCAUCUGUUUAAUAGAUCGUCUGGCCACGUACAAUCAGCGCAGUGGUAAAAACAAUGGUAUGGAUAUCGAGUCUAUUAUACCACCCGAGGUGAAACUCUUUGAGGUCUUUAGUGUGCAGGUGGCAAAUAUUGUGCAAACCCGUUCGGAUAUGCCUCUGGAAGACACUAUCUCACUUCAAGUUGCUUUAUUAAGCUUGGCGCAAAAGGUUUAUCCAGACCGUGUGGACUAUGUAGACAAAGUGCUAGGAACAACAGCGCAAAUUCUAGAAAGUCUGGAUAUGAAUAAUAUAUCUCAUUUGCUGUCGGUAAAUCAAGAAUUGUCGCGGUUGUUACGCAUCUGUAUCGAUUUUUACAAUAAUGUGCUUACUGUUAUACAACUAAAAAAUUUUUGCCCUUUACUGGACAAGUUCGACUACACAUCCCGGAAAACGCUGGCACUAUAUUUGGUAAUGAAUAUACUCGAAUAUGAGACCUUAAUACCAACAGCAGAUCAGGCAGACGCUGUUCUUAAUAUAAUCACACCUUUAAUAAAAGACGACGAUUCAGGCAACGGCUCAAAGGGACUGGAACAACAGGUAGACAUGGAUGAAUUUGCUGAGGAACAAGGAAUUGUAGCACGAUUUAUACAUUUGUUGAAAUCUGACGAUGCCGAUAUGCAGUACAAGAUUUUGCAAACUGCUCGUAAACAUCUUGCUGCCGGAGGACCCCUGCGCAUUAAGUUUGUAUUACCUCCUUUGGUAUUUUCGGCAUAUCAGUUAGCUUACAAAUACAAAGACCAGGAAGCAGACCAUGACGAAAAUUGGGAUAAAAAAUGUCAGAAAAUUAUUCAAUAUUGUCAUAGUACCAUUUCCGCACUGGCCAAAGCUGACUUGGCCGAAUUGGCUCUACGCUUAUAUCUGCAGGGAGCAUUAGUAAUUGGUGAAAUCGGUUACACCAAUCAUGAAACUGUGGCAUAUGAAUUCAUGACACAAGCGUUCUCCCUCUAUGAAGAUGAAAUUUCAGAUUCGAAGGCUCAACUAGCAGCCAUUACACUGAUAAUGUCCACCUUUGAACAGAUGUCAUGCUUUGGCGAAGAAAAUGCAGAUCCUUUGCGAACUAAUUGCGCCUUAGCAGCAUCAAAGUUGUUGAAGAAGCCGGAUCAAUGUAGAGGAGUGGUAGCAUGCGCCGCUCUCUUCUGGAGUGGAAAAAAAAAUGGUGAAGAAAUGCGGGAUGAAAAGAAGACAUUGGAUUGCCUGAAAAAGGGAGCGCGAAUUGCUUCGCAAUGUUUGGAUAAUGGCGUGCAAGUGCAAUUGUAUGUCGAACUCCUAAACCAUUAUCUAUUCUACUUUGAACGAGGCAAUUCACUUAUAACAGUGGCUAUGCUUAAUCAAUUAAUUGCCAAAAUUAAUGAAGAACUACCAAACUUAGAGCCCAGUGAGGAGAUUAAGCAAAUUGAGAUGCACUACAAAAACACCCUAGCUCAUAUAAAGAGUCGAAUGGAUUCAACUGAUGCCGGUCUAGAAGUGUCCUUUGCAGGAAUAUCUAUAAAUUAAUUAUAUAUAGAAAACUUUGCAUUUGCAAUAUGAUUGAAAAAUGCAAAUGAAUUUUACUUUGUCUAUUCCAUAACAAGUGAAAUCACCAUUAACACACAUUAUACACAUAUACAUUAUAAAUAGUAAAUAUGUUGGUAAUCCGCUUCUACGCUAUAUGUAGUACAAAAAUAA